AUGCUGUCAGAGCUAGGAUUCCCUAUGAAGUUUGUGAAUUGGGUGAUGCAGUGCCUCUAUUCUGUUUCUUAUUCCAUUCUGAUAAAUGGUUGUCCCACUAAACCAAUUCCUGCAAAGAAAGGGUUGAGACAAGGUGAUCCCAUUUCACCUUAUUUGUUUGCUUUGGGUAUGGAAUAUCUGUCAAGGUGUCUUGCUGCUCUUGCUGAAGAUACUAACUUCUCUUAUCAUCCUAGAUGCAAAAAGUUGGAUCUCACCCAUAUGAUGUUUGCUGAUGAUUUGUUGAUGUUCUCCAGAGCUGAUGAGGGUGCUGUGAAAGCUCUUUUUGAUGCUUUUACCAAGUUUUCUUUGGCUUCUGGUUUGGAAGCUAAUUUGCACAAAAGUGAAGUUUAUUUGGCAGGUGUUUCUGAUCAUGUUGCUUCCAGUAUUGUUAGCUCAAUUGGGGUUCCUAAGGGUUCUUUCCCUUUCAGAUACUUGGGUGUCCCUCUUACAACUAGGAAGCUCUCCUUCACAGACUGCAAGCCUCUCAUUGAUAGAACUGUUGCUAGAAUUAAGAGCUGGACUUCUAAGUUCCUUUCCUAUGCAUGUAGGCUGCAACUGGUGAAAUCUGUACUUUUUGGUAUACAGCUCUACUGGUGUCAGAUUUUUGUUAUGCCUAAAAAGGUAAUGAAGGAGAUUCAGAGAAUUUGUAGAUGUUUCUUGUGGACUGGUGCUGAUGCAGAUUCUAGGAAAGCUUCUAUCUCUUGGGAGCAAUUGUGUUUCCCUAAGAGUUGUGGAGGGUGGAAUCUUAAAGAUCUAACUGUGUGGAAUAAAGCAGCAGUUUUGAAACACUGUUGGGCUUUAGCUUUGAAGCAGGAUAGGCUUUGGGUGAGGUGGAUUCAUGCUUAUUACAUUCAGCAUAGAGACUUCUGGACUAUGCCAAUUCCUAAUGGUUUAACUUGGUCAUUAAGGAAAAUUUGGCAUAAUAGAGAAGUAUUUCUGCAGGCAAAUGGAGUGGAUCAGUUUGUGCAAGCUGGUAAAUUCAGAAUUCAGAAAAUGUACAAGUUUCUUCAUCCAGUUGGAGCUCAGGUGAGAUGGAAGAGAUUGAUUUGUAAUAGCCAUGCUAGUCCAAAGAGCACCUUCAUUGUGUGGCUAGCAGUGCAGAACAGACUUGCUACAAAAGACAGAUUGAUAAGAUGGCAGCUGAAUAUUGAUGGUAUUUGUGGUCUGUGUCAGGUGGAAAAUGAAAACUUGGAGCACCUUUUCUUCUCUUGCUCCUAUUCUCAGGAGAUUUGGAAGCAGGUUCUGCUUUCUUUAGGUGUGAAUAGAACUGUGUUGCCUUGGCAUGAGGAAGUUCAUAUUGCAGUGAAGAAAAGCAGAAGCACACAGAAGCAAGCUUGCAAGUAUAGUAUAGCUUUCAUUGAGUCUGUUUAUUGUAUUUGGUUGCAAAGAAAUGCUAAGGUCUUUAGGGAUCAUGUUGAUCCAGUUAAGAGUGUUGUUAGCAACAUAAUGUUUAAUGUUGAGUGUAGAUGUCAGUAGUAGUCUCUGUGCUCAUUAGCUAGCUUGUGUUGGUUAGCUAGGUGUUUGGUUGUGUCUGUUCGACAGUUGGUGUUUUCAGAGUUUGUUAACACUCUGAUUACUUGGUAAAUAAAGCUCAUCAUUAUUUGCCAAAAAAAAAAAAAAAAAAAACAUUUAACAACAUUUAUCAAACACCAAAAAUUCAUAUCUCUACAUCACCCAUACCCCACCUACAUUUAUAUAUCAUGAUAUUGUUAUGGAUAAGUAUAUAUAAUCAAAUUAUUAGUGGCAUAAUUAAUCGUUAUUAAUUAAGUUAGUGACAUAUUAAUUGUUUAUUAAUUAAAUUUUAUAAUCGGCUAAUAAAUAUUUAAUUAAAAAUAUUUAAAAAUUAAACUAAGUAAAACUUCACUUGUUAAGGUAUAUAAUUUAUAUUAAUAAUAAACUUAACUUGUUACCUAAAAACUCGAUCAUUACAACCCUUAAAUAAGUGGUAUUGCAUACUACUAACAUAUAACUAAUGAAUCACUAGUUUGUCUACAUUUUUACCAUACAUUUUCAAUAAGGUCUUCCUUGAGAGAUUUGUGUACUUCAUGAUCACACACUCGAGCUCUAUUGGCCAUAUAUGUUGAUAAACUUCCAAUGCGCGGUUUGAGGAAUAUUCAAAAGGUUCAUCGGUGUUCGUCCUAUUUUGCCUUAGCCUUGUACUAGUUGAAGGUUCUGGUUGUUGUUCCUCAUAUUGUGUUGGAUCAUAGUAGAGUACUAGAGUGCAUAUUUAUUAAACAACAAAAAAUGAGUUGUUAGCCAUUGUUUAAGUUUUUGUUAACAACAAAAAAUUAAACAAGAGAGAAGAAAAUAAAGAUUUUUUUUGUGAUUAAAGUACGUGGAUCAAUAUUAGUGUCUAUUUGUAGAGCAUAAAAAAAACAAAGACAUUUAUAUAUAUAUAUAUAUAUAUAUAUUUUUUUUUUUUGAGUUGUAAUAUUUUUAUUUUAUAGACAUUGUAAAUUUGCAAUAGGUAUGUAUUUUUAACACAACAAAUCUAUGUCAUCAAUCACAUUGCAAUUUUUUUUAAAAAAUAGAUAACCAAUAAUUUUGGUCCCCAUAGAACACAUGUCAAUAUCUCCAAGCAAGACUUUGGUUUUCCAUUUGGUGUUCUUGAACACCAAUUUUUUUUGGUUUCAUUAUCUCUCUAACUUUCUCACUCAUCUCUUUACCUCUUUUAUUAUUUUUUAUUCACUUCUCUCUCCUAAACACCAAACCAAGGUGUUUGAUAACUAUGGUCUUACUCUCUCCGUUUCUUAAUACUUGUACCAGUUUGACUAGUACGGAGUUUAAGAAGCUUGAAUUGACUUAUUUAUUUAAUGAGUGUUAGUUAAUAGUGGAGUAUUUUUUUAAUAUAGUUAGCGAGAAAUGUGUAAGGGAUGAGGAGUGGUGAAUGAGGUGUGAGAAUUUUUAAAAUAUUUUUUGUAGGAAGUAGGGGUGUAGGUGGGUUAGUAGGUAAGUGGGAGAAAUAAUAUAAUAUUGGUAAGAACUUCCAUUUAUAGAAGCGGUGCAAGUAUUAAGGAACGACUCGUAAAGGAAAACGGUGUGAGUAUUAAGGGACGGAGGGAGUAUUUGUUAGGCGUAUUUCAUCAUUACCUUUGCCCAAUUUCAUUUUUGGAUUACCCUAAAACCUUCUAACCUGAUUACCCACCCCCCUAGACGUAGGCAUUCGCUUUCCCCUUCAAUUCCCCACCCCUCUCUCUCCUCUAACUCCAAAUCGUCUUCAACAACCCAACUUGGAGACAUUGGAGUAUCCCACCAGGCGACCACAGGUGUGACACACGGGCUCCAACAACUCACUUAUAUCCGACCGCUGUCAAGAAAUGGCUCGAAGGACAAGUAUGUCCUACUAAUGCUCUCUCUUUUGUGGGUGUUAAGAUAAAUGCAAGAGGUCUUUGAUGUAUUUUUGGCAAAAAGCUCCUUUUAUCUAGCUUUAUUUUUAGGGAGGUCUUGAGCUCCAUUAUGUAUUCCCUAAUAUAUUGUUGUACAUGAAUGUUAAUGGCUAUGGCCUAACUAAGGAAAAAUCCCUUGUUUAGUACUUGUUAUCAAUUAAGUUGAACAAUUUGGAUGGGUAAAAAUAUUUCUUAUUUUUUCUUUUUAUUUAUUUAUUUAAAAUAAAUAAAAAUUAGGGAAGAAACUUUAGUUA